UCCGAAUUUGCCAAACUUUGCCUUGUUUAAAAUAUGCACACACACGAAAUAAAACAAGACAUCAGCUAGAGACAGACGCAGUUGUGGUCUCUCUCGAUGCUGAGGAAGCAAAAUACAUUAAUGGAAAAAGCUGAAGAAGGGAACCUUAUUCGAUUCAACCCCAACCAUGGGAGGAGGAGAAUGAACAAGAAACAAACGUGAGAAUCUCAAUUCAGAGGUUGUCUUUCAAAGAUGAACCAUUUUUUAUAGUUAUUUGGUGUCACUAUUAUAAUUAUUAUUCCCUCCAGCAUUUGCGUCGUCUGUCCCAGUUCUUGAGAAAUGAAGGAGGCUGUAUAUAAAGAGAGGGAUGGGAAGGCCACUUCUCAUAUCAUCACACCGUUGAGUGCCCAUUGCAUUCUCUGUCAAUAUUGUCCUUGUUUGUAAAUUAUUCUUUUCCUGGGAGCCGGAUUCAACAAGGGGAAAAGAAGGUGGGGGAAGAAGAGACUUGACUUGAAGCCUCAGAGAUAAUAGAGAAGGUAAGAGUUUUGAGGUAUUGUUAUGGAAUGGAGUCCCAUACCAUAAUGCUCCCUUCUCUUAUCGUCAAGGAUAUGUUUUGGGUGGCCCUGGGGCUUCACAUUUCAUGAUACCUCUGUGUUUUUUUUUUCCCUGGGGUUUGACUUUUUUAGGGUUUGGUCGAGCAAACUAAGAAAAGGAAGCUUUGCGUGAAUAAGGAAUUUCUACUGGGUUCUUUUAGUUUCGUUCAUUCGUGUCCGGUGAAAAUUUUUAUUUGACGAUGAGGAGCACAUUAAAAGUAAGUUUUGAGAAAUCGUGCUCGAGAGGUUUGUACCAAAAAAGCUAGCGAUAGGGUAUUUUUUGAUGAAAUCAUGGUUCAACCUUUGCAUAUACUGUCAAAAACCGCAUACUGAUAGGAUAUUUUUACGAAGGAACUAUCACUAUAGUACGGUUUCACAACAAAAUAUUAGUACUAAGAUCAAAUAUCUUCUUGUUUCUUCUUGAAAUAAUGCUGGCUAGGAAGAUUGUCUAAGUUUACGGCUUGACUUGCUUGACGAUAGGUUGUACUUUGUAGGCUAUAGUAGGUACUCCUACUAAAAAAAGUUAAAAUAUGAAAGGAAUAUGAUGAUCAGGUAGGUUUCUCGUAAAAUGGUUUGUUUUAGUAUUGCCAACCUUUACCUACUAAUUCAUUAAAAACGGAAAGAUUAAGCUUGGAAUCAAUGGAGCCUCAUAUUUGAUAUUUCAUGCACGGGAGUUGAUUAGUGGUAGCUGGGAAAAGACUAAAGAGUGGAAUGGAAUUUCAAACAUCACUCAAUUCAACAAACUAGUCAAACUUCCUUUCUAUUAUACACUCCUAAUUUUAUUCCUUUUCCCCUCAAACUUUCACAACAUGACCCCAAAAAGUCCCCCCAAAACCAAUACCUGUUUUCUUCUAGGGAUUUUCUCAAUCAUCACCUUCUUUGAAUAUAACCCUAAAGAGAUAGUGAAAGAGGAGAAAAAUUGACAAGGAAGAGAAAAAGGGGGGAAACCCCAUUUUAGGAGAUGUACCUGCAUUUGUGGUGCAACUUGAUCUUUCUACCUUCCUUCAACAGUCAAAACUGUGGCAUGUAAUCACCAAAAUGGGAAUAAUCAUAUGUAUCGCGCAAAAUGUAAUGUCUGAAAAUCGAAGUUAUCUUCAUAAAUACAUUUGUGAUAAGCAUGAAAAAAAUGAGAGUCACAUAUUUGAACCGUGUUUCGUCCAGUACCUCAUAACUUAUGUGUAUGAGUUUGCACUAUUUUCAUCGAUUUAAAACAAUAAUUAUACGAUUUAUGCAUAAAAAUUAAAAUUAUCGAAAAACAAAAAAUGAGAUGUUAUUCAAUUUAAGCUAUUACAAAGAUACCCAACCAAGCUCAGCAGAAACCUACCUUCUUUCUUCCAAGUAGGUUGAUACUUGAUGCCUAAACCUAGCUCCCCACCGGAUUCUUCCACUGAACCGGAAAGCCAAAAAAAGCAGGGGAGGGAAAUGAAAGAGACCAGAAGCUGCUAAUUUCCCAUCGCAGCAAGUGAAGAAACUUACAAAAAGGGCAAGCCGCUCUCUCUCUCUCUGUAUAACUAACUGUAAAUGCCGGUAGUGGCAGUGGUAGUGGAGAUGGUGGGAUCCCCAUUUCCGGCCAAAAAGGGAUGGCGAAGAUUUAAUGGCGCUCGCCGUUGACGAAUUCUCCUCCCCCUCCGCCCCCUCCUUUUGCUUUUGCCCCUUUCACUUCACUUCUCUAUCUCUCUGCCGCCUACCUCUUCGAAGUCCCCACGUGCCUACCUUCUUCCCUAUAUAAUCCCUUUUCUCUCCCUCCCCAUUUCCACUCAUCAUCAUCUCUCCCUUCUUCAAUUCCCUCACUCUGUUUUGACUCUGCAACUCUUCUCACUCUGUUUUUUCCAUUGCUCUGUUUUCUCUGCAAAAAACGAAGAUGGUCGAGAGCGGCAACGGGAAUGGGGAAGUUCCUUACCACCGUCACAGUCACCAUGCCCUCGACGUCUCCAUGGACACUCCUUCCAUCAUGGCCUCCAAGUGCUUCGAUGACGAUGGCCGCCCUAAACGAACUGGAAGCAUUUGGACUGCAAGUGCUCACAUCAUAACGGCGGUCAUCGGUUCCGGUGUUCUGUCGCUGGCUUGGUCAACCGCUCAGCUUGGUUGGAUCGCCGGUCCGACCGUUCUCUUCCUCUUCUCCUUCGUCACUUACUACACCUCCACCCUCCUCGCCACCUGCUACCGCGCCGGCGACCCUGACACCGGCAAGCGGAACUACACUUACAUGGAGGCCGUCAAAUCCACCCUCGGCGGUUACCAUGUGAAGAUCUGCGGGUGGGUUCAGUACGUUAAUCUCUUCGGUGUUACCAUCGGCUACACAAUCGCUUCUUCCAUUAGCAUGAUGGCAGUGAAGAGGUCGAAUUGUUUCCACAGAAGCGGAGGAACCGAUCCCUGCCAUAUGAACGCCAACCCAUACAUGAUUGCGUUCGGAGUAAUCGAAAUCCUCUUCUCCCAAAUCCCGGAUUUCGACCAGCUCUGGUGGCUCUCCUUCGUCGCCGCCGUCAUGUCGUUCACUUACUCCACAAUCGGACUCGGCCUCGGCAUCGGCAAAGUAAUCGAGAACCAAGCUAUUAAGGGAAGCCUCACCGGAAUCGGAAUCGACCUCGUUUCCCCCACCGAUAAAGUCUGGCGUAGCCUCCAAGCCCUCGGCGGCAUCGCCUUUGCUUACGCCUUCUCCAACAUCCUCAUCGAAAUUCAGGACACGAUCAAAUCCCCGCCGUCGGAAUCAAAGACGAUGAAGAAAGCAUCUCUGAUCAGCAUCUCAGUGACCACCGUCUUCUACAUGCUCUGCGGCUGCUUCGGCUACGCCGCCUUCGGCGACCAAGCCCCCGGAAACCUCCUCACCGGAUUCGGAUUCUACAACCCGUACUGGCUCCUCGACAUCGCGAACGUCGCCAUCGUCGUCCACCUCGUCGGAGCUUACCAAGUCUUCUGCCAACCCAUCUACGCAUUCGUCGAGAAGCUGGCCGCCAACAAUUUCCCCGACAGCUACUUCAUCACCAAGGAGUUCAGAAUCCCACUCCCCUGGGGCCAUUACAACUUCAACUUGUUCAGAUUGGUGUGGAGGACCAUCUUCGUCAUUACCACAACUCUGAUCUCCAUGCUGCUCCCGUUCUUCAACGACAUCGUGGGUCUUUUGGGGUCGGUGGGGUUCUGGCCGAUGACCGUUUACUUCCCGGUGGAGAUGUACAUUGCACAGAUGAAGAUCCCCAAGUGGAGCACAAGAUGGGUGAGCCUUCAGAUCCUGAGCAUGGCUUGUCUGAUGAUCUCCAUCGCCGCCGCGGCCGGGUCGAUCGCCGGGAUGAUCGUCGAUCUCAAGAGCGUCAAACCGUUUCACAUGAAAUAUUAGAAGGAUUGAAAAGAAAGAGAAAAACACGGCAUAGCCUGCUCAGCUAGCUCUUGUUCUUGUUCAUAACAAGGUCCAACCAAAGUCUCUCUUUCCUUUACCUUUUCUAUGUAUGUAAUAUCAUUAUAAUUAGGUUAUCAAUUACUAAGGAAGGAAAGAAACGAACAUGUGUCGUUGAGGUCCGCUCUUCUUUGGAUGUAUCUCUCAUUAAAAAAUCUUCCAAUUGUUAACAAAUCAUGAAUUGAAUUGAAUUGAAUUAAAUGGUGUACUACUGGACUUGGACUGCACUCUCUUUCAAUGCAAAAUUGGAUCAUUUAAGAUGUGAUCUUAUUAAUGGUAUGCAUAUGUGAUAUGACAAGCAGUGUUGCCAGUCUCAGCAAUUUAUGGCCUGUUGUUUUACUUUUUCCGACCAUAUAAAGUUUACUUUUUUAU